AUUUCAUUUUAAUUUACAUACUAAUGACAAAUUUUCUCUUCUUACUUACUCAGCACUGUACCAUUAAUUGUGCACAUCAAAGACAGAAAUGACAACAUUCCACAGUUUGCUAAAGAAGCUUACAAUAUUUUAAUUCCGGAGAACAUUUCUGUUGGAACAAGUAUUGCAAGAAUUGAAGCUGUUGAUCUGGAUUCUGGAAGUUAUGGAACACAAGGGAUUCGAUAUACGGGAUUGACUGGAAGUGUUGCACAAUUGCUACAUAUGGACCCAAACAAUGGAGUCAUAACAAUUAAGAGCACAGAAGGUCAAUUUUUUGAUCGUGAGCUGUAUGAAAAACAUUAUUUGACGGUUGAGGCACGUGAUAAUAUUGGGGAAGGAAAUCGUAAUACAGUUCCUUUAAUUAUUACAAUUCAGGAUGUCAACGAUGAGAUUCCGACAUUUUUACAACGAAAAUAUGAAACUAGGCUUUUGGAAAAUCGUCGAACAUUUGAGACAGUCUUACAAGUUGAAGCACGCGAUGCUGAUGUAAAUGGAACGAGAAACAGUGAAAUUUUCUAUGACAUUAUUGACGGUGAAUUCCGUCCGAAUUUCACAAUAGAUUCAAAAAGUGGAAUUGUAAAAUUAAGAGGUCCCAUUGACUUUGAGAAGCUGACACUUAGUCACAAUAAGAAAAAGACAUCUGUUGCUCAAAUAAGCUUAAUUAUUCAAGCUACAGAUGGUGGAAAUCCACCACUGUCAUCAAAUGUUCCAGUAAUUAUUUAUGUCGAGGAUCAAAAUGAUUUUGCGCCGAGAUUUGAGAGAUUUUCGUAUGAAACUGCAAUUAUGGAGAAUUUAGAACCAGGAACUCCAACAAUGACUGUCAAAGCUGUUGAUCUUGAUGGAUCAGCUCCAAAUAAUCUUGUCUAUUACCGCAUCAUUGAUGGUGCACUUGAUAAAUUCGUCAUAGGCUCAGACACAGGCACAAUAUCAAUAGCAAAUGGUGCAUCUCUCGAUCCCGACUUAUCUGAUCCAAAACGAUUAAAUUAUUUACUAACAAUAGCGGCACUAGACGGUGGAAUUGGUGAUCAACAGUUGAGCAGUAAUUGCAUUGUCAAUAUUUCCAUAAUUGACGUAAAUAACAAGUCACCGGUGUUCAACGAAAUGCAAACUGUUUACAUAAAAGAAAAUACAGCUGUUGGAACUUACGUGUUCAAGUUAAUGGCCACUGACUCUGAUAAUGAUGCUACAUUGAGAUAUUUCUUUGACAGUGAAAUGUCCGAGGCUAAAAAUGAAAAUGGAGUGAUUAUUAAGCAACAGGAAUAUGAUUACAUGCAAGCAUUUGACUUGAACGCUAAUGAUGGUCUGAUUAGAGUCGUCAAAAUCUUGGAUCGAGAAAAAAUUGAAACUUUAAAGAUUGGCGUGGUUGUUGAGGACAUUGCAUCUGUUAAUGGUAAGCAAGUGGCAAUGACAACACUCAACUUUAUUAUUGAGGAUGAGAACGACAAUAAUCCUAAAUUCCAAAAGCCAUUCUACAGACGUUCUGUGAUGGAAAAUAGUCAAAUUGGAUCGAAUAUCUUGAAUGUUGUAGCUACAGAUGCUGAUAAAAAUAAGUCAUUAAUUUACGAACUAGAAGGUCCAGAAGAGAUUCUCAAUCUUGUGCAUCUCGAUGCAGUUUCUGGAGAGAUUUUGGUGCAGGAAAAAAUUGAUCAUGAAAUUUUUGAGUGGGUGAACUUUACAGUACGAGCUAUUGAUUCUGGAGUUCCACAAAGGACUUCUCUAGUUGAUGUUUUCAUCCAAGUCAUCGAUGAAAAUGACAAUCAACCUUACUUCAUUACAGAAUUCCAAAAUCUUUCAAUAUAUGAAAAUCAACCAAUCGGAACUCAAAUUGCAGUAAUUGAAGCUGACGAUGCAGAUUCUGGAGAUUAUGGAAAAAUCACAUUUUUAUUGGACAGACUCAGUUCUCAUGGGAAGUUUUCAAUAGAUCCAGAUACAGGGGUGUUGAAGAUUGCUGAUAAGAUUGAUAGAGAACAGAAGUCUUCCUACAUGAUUGUUAUUGAGAUUUGGGAUAACUAUCAAUUUGGAGCAGCAAGUGGGGAGAGCAGAAAUGCAUUUAAGCAGUUCUACAUAAAAAUUCUCGAUGAGAAUGACCAAACACCAGUUAUAGAAUUUCCAUCACAAAAAGAGCCCAGCUGCAUUUCAAUAACAGAAUUCCAUGACAUAAAAGAAAUUGUUACACCAAUCCGAGCUAGCGAUGCUGAUGAUCCAACAUCACCAAAUGGUCAAGUGAGAUUUGAUCUACGCGGUGGAACUGGAGCUGAUAUGUUUUAUAUAAAACAAACUGAUCCAUGGAACGCGAAUGUUUUUGCGAGACACAAGUUGAAUAAAAAGUACGGCAAUUACUCAUUGAAUAUUGAUAUUAGAGAUUUAGGAAAUCCACCGAGAUCAACAGACUUGAAACUAGAUAUUUGUGUGCAAGACUUUAAUGAUCACGCACCAUUUUUCGUAUCUCCAAUUAACAAUUACACAAUACGAAUUGCUGAGAACGCAACAGUUGGGCAGGUUAUAACACAGGUUGUGGCUAAAGAUGAAGAUGUGGGAUUGAAUGCACUUAUUAAGUAUCGACUUAAGCAUGAUCUCUUUGGGAAUUAUAAAAGUUUUAUGAUUGAUGAGCAUUCGGGGCUGAUAACGUUGAAGGUUGUUUUGAAUAGGGAGAAGCAGAAGCUGUAUGAGAUUCGCGUUGAAGCAUACGACCAGGGCAUUCCCAAAGAAUUGUCAUCCGAUCUCGACUUAAUAAUUUAUGUACACAGCGUAAAUAAUUACGAGCCAUCAUUUUUAGUGCAAUCAAUUUCUGUCAACUUCACAGAGCAUGUCCAGCCUGGUAUUGAAAAACGUAAGUUACCUGAUACUGUUGAUCGUGAUGAGGUCGAUGACUUGGAUGAUGAUCCAACAACUGUUUGUUACUUCAUCAUUUAUGGCAAUGAUGACGAACUUUUCUAUUUGGAUCGUGCGACUCAUAUUUUGAGUGUGAGGAAGGAACUUGAUAGAGAGAAGAAGCAAAAUUAUUCAUUGAUUAUUAAGGCGACUGAGAACUGUUUGGAGCCACCAAUGCCUUUAAAUGUGUCUAGUAUUGAGAUCAAUAGAAUAACAAGCAGUAAAUUGAGGAAAGCUAAGAGCGAGACGAACAGAUUCACAGAAUUAUUGAAUCUUGGUCCAAAUGACUUGGAUGUUGAGAAUUACGAUGAACUAAUGGCUGGAAGUGACUCGUUAAUAGCUGAUGAUCCAACUUUAGUAAAGGUUGUAGUCCUUAUUCAAGACAUCAACGACAAUCCACCAAAAUUUACGAAGAAAGUUUUCACUGGCGGUGUCUCAACUUCUGCAGAUUUCGGAACUGAAAUAAUGAAACUUAAAGCUUCAGAUCCGGAUGUUGGUGUUAAUGCAAAAUUAUCAUUCUUCCAAGUCGGCAAGACUCUUAGAACUCUAGCUGAAGGACUAGACACCAUCAAAGAUCCAUCCUUCAUAAUUGAAAAGGAUACAGGAAGUGUGAAGCUUAAUUUUGAUCCACAAAAAGAAAUGAAAGGUUACUUUGACUUUACUGUGAUAGUGAAGGAUAAGGAUGGGUUCAAUGAUACUGCUCAUGUUUAUAUUUAUCUGCUGAGGGAGGAUCAAAGGGUUAAGUUUGUGUUGAGACAGCAAAGCUUCGAGCUACGUGAAAGGAUUGAUCAGUUCAGAGAACACUUCAGCAACAUAACCAAAGCAAUUGUCAAUGUCGAUGAUUUCAAAGUCCACGAAAACAAAGACGGAACAGUCGAUCGUACAAAGACUGAUUUAUAUUUGCACCUAGUCAACAAAAAUGACAAUUCAAUCAUUGAAGUUUCCGAGGUGCUUCGAUUAGUCGAUCAGAAUAUUGAGAAGCUUGAUGUGCUUUUCAAAGAAUUCAAUGUACUUGAUACACAAGCUUCUGAAGCCUUGGUAUUGCAAGCUGAAUUUGGGAAUGCACAAAUGAUUAUCUGGCUUGUGAUGAUUAAUUUAGCAAUGGGAGCGCUAUUAAUUAUCGUCAUUACGUUGUGUUUGUCACAGCGUACAAAUUAUCGUCGAGAGUUGAAAGCAGCACGAGUCAAUUCGUACGUACCAACAGAUACUGGCAAAAUAGCAGCAGCAGCAGCAGCACGCGUACCAAAUACAAAUAAACACAGUACGGAAGGCUCAAAUCCAAUUUGGUUAAAAGCAUAUGAAAAUGAAUGGUUUAAAAAUGAUGAUAGCUAUAGCCAAACAUCAUCGACCGGUCACGAUUCAUUAGACGAGAAUGUUUUAGUAAAUAAUGAUUACGAUGAGAGUAAGUUAGCGGAUGAGAAUUUCAUAAAAACAAUAUCGACAUCGAAGGAAUUUAAUGGACUACAUACUCAGAAUAACUUAAUAAAGCAUCUUAAUAUGUAUCAGCAUAUUGAGAAACUUACGAAUGGUACGAUAAUUGCUAAGAAAUUGGAAACAACAGAACUGUAGAUGUUGUUGUUGUUGCAGCCAUAAAUAUACAUUCUCCUAUUUAUAUUCAUACUGUGAAUUUUAUCCAUUAGUGAUGAUCAAUUUAGGUUUUAAGCAGUAGUGCUUCUGGAACUGAAGUGGAUUUUUUUAAAAAACCGAUUAGAGCCAAAUAUUUUUUUUUUGAGAGAUUUAAAUUUAAAUGGAAUUAUGAAAGUGAUUACCACAAGAGGAAGUUUAAAACAAUUGGUAGCUUGUUGCAUUAUGCAAGCUAAUCGGUCGUUUAAAGAAAAAUUAUUGAUGUGGAAAAAUAACUUCCUUGUAUUUUAUUGAAUAAGUUUAAG